AUGUUUCUGUCAUUUUACAUCACGGAUACCAAGCAUUCAUUGUUAUUUGAAUAUCUAGUCAGCUAUGAUGCACCCUCUUUCAAAGCUCUGUGGUCAAAAAUUCAGUCCAUGACACCAGAUCUAGCCAAGGACCGAGUGACUUGCAAGGGCAAUCUAGGUAAAAAUCUAGUCGCAUAUCGAUAUUAUUCAGAGGAAAAUAGAGUCAAUUAUUGGUGUCUAGCUACGAGAAAGUCGAAUCCUCUUGAGUCACUGGUUUUCAUGGAGACUUUCGACAAGGUGCUUCUCUAUUACUUCGACAAAGAACACAUAACAUCGAAUAAGCUUAUCAACAACUAUGAUAGAAUAACUUUAUUGUUGAAUAGCAUGAUUGAUGCAAAUGAGCCCGCCAUUUCUGAUUUGAACCGCCUACGAGAGAUGGUACCUGUAAGAAAUGACCUGGCAAAAGUGAUCAAUUCGACCGCCUCAACUCUAGGAAAGAAGAUAUCACAUGCAGAGGCAAACCAAAUGUUCUCUACCCGAACCAAUUCAUCUUCGAAUGUGAAGGAAACCGCGGUCCCAUGGCGUAGUGCCGGAAUAACCUAUUCCAGCAACGAACUUUAUGUGGAUAUGAUUGAAAAGGUGCAUGUAGUAUUCCAGAAAAAGAAGAAUGGCGCUCAAUGCGUACCUGUAACUGCUUCUAUAGAAGGACAGGUGUUUUUCAAGUCUCAUUUAAGCGGUGACCCCGUCAUCCUACUAAGGCUAAAUCUGCUUGGUCACGAUCUGGGCUGUCCUGCACUGCAUAGAUGCGUAGAUACUAGCGGUUCUGAUUUCUACGCGGACAGUCUCAAAUUCAUUCCGCCCGAUGGUAAGUUUGAACUGAUGCAAUACUCAAUUGACUUGGACGCCUACCAUAGCAAGAGCAAGACAAUGGCCAAUAUCGGCCUUGUGACCCUCGAUUAUCAGGUCGGCCUUGGUUCGUUAGGUGACGAAUUUGAAAUUAAAGUUAACAUCGCAGGCACUACCCGUACAUCGACCAUCGAAAACCUUGCUGUCGGUUUGCACUUGCCCGCCCUUCCUGACGAAUGCAAAAUUAAAGUUUUAAGAAAUACGCAUGGCCGCUUCCAAAGCAGCGUCGAAAGCAACAGAGGCACAUGGUUGUUUGACAAAGAAAUCCCAACUGGAACGCUACCAGUUUUGAGAGGUUGUUUAGAAGGAGCUAGUUCUGAGAUUUUAAAGAGCCUCAAUUUAACUGUAGCUUAUUCUAAUAAGGGCCUACUGCCUAGUGGCAUUCGUGUUGAAGGUGUUGAUAUCAUAUCAGGUAUGCCCAAGAACCUAAAGCCGUUCAAAGGUGUCAAAUACGUUGCCAAAGCUGGCGAUUUCCUUGUCAGAUGA